AUGGCGACAAGUACGUUCUUCAAACAAGCCGGUGGAAGCAGAGAUUGCGCCACCAAAACUGAUCUGAAAUCUGCGUUGGGCCAUUAUAAUCAAGCUAUUGCGGGUAUGAUUACGGUCAGACCUGGUAGUGAUCUUGAUAUUGUUGUUACAGCGAGUAUCCUUCUGACCGUCGUUGAGUUUUGGAGGGGGAUCCGCGUGCGGCAAUGA